GCUAUGGACUACCUCACAACACUUCUGCUACUGAUUAGCAUAGUGAGUGCAAGCAUUAUUCGCAUAUUGAUUCGUAGAUUUGAAUCUGUAAGGCUUCCACCAGGGCCACGUCCAUUUCCUAUCAUAGGAAACAUCUUAGAACUUGGCAUAAAUCCACACAAAUCACUCACCAAAUUGUCCAAGAUUUAUGGACCUCUUAUGACUUUGAAACUUGGUAGCAUUACCACCAUAGUCAUUUCCUCCCCUCAAGUAGCUAAACAAGUAUUGCAUAAAAAUGGCCAUGUCUUUUCUAGUAGAACAAUCCCACAUUCAGUGCAAGCACUUGACCAUCAUAGAUUUUCUAUUGUGUGGUUGCCCCCAUCACCCAAAUGGAGGAACCUUAGAAGAGUUUGUGCUACAAAAGUAUUCUCUCCACAACUUCUUGACUCCACUCAAAUCCUUCGCCAACAAAAGGUUCAUGAUUUAUUGGAUUUUGUGAAAGAAAGAUGCAAGAAAGGUGAGGUUAUUGGAUUUUGUGAAAGAAAGAUGCAAAAAAUCUUGGUCAAUGUGUGGGCCAUAGGAAGAGAUCCAACCAUUUGGGAGAAUCCAGAAAUGUUUAUGCCUGAAAGAUUUUUGGAGUGUGAGAUUGAUUUUAAAGGUCAUGACUUUGAACUCAUUCCUUUUGGGACAGGCAAAAGGAUAUGUCCUGGAUUGCCAUUAGCUCAUAGGUCAAUGCAUUUAGUGGUGGCAUCCCUUGUGCAUAACUUUGAAUGGAAGCUAGCUGACGGGUUAGUGCCAGAAAACAUGAACAUGGAGGAGCAAUAUGGAAUAAGCAUAAAGAGGGUCCAAUCCCUUCUAGUUGAAGCCAUUUCAAUCAAGCACGAUUAGUUAUAUAUUAGAGCAAUGCUCCUGAAUUUGCAAGGAUAUGUAUAUAUAUAUACAUACUAGUAUGUAACCCGUGCAUACGUAUGGAUCGUGUAUGGAUCGUUUGGUUUUUUAUCCCGUAAGUAUUGUAAUUUUCUAUUGCAUUGUA